UAAUGUACUGGUGGGCGUGGGCAGAAAAAGUGCACCAUGUUGAGGCGCAGGUGUGAGGCUCUACUCGCACUUAUUCUCUGCGCUGCGGGAUGUCGCGUGCAUGCGCAGGAUGGCAAAUUCAGAGUGCACUGCAUCUCUCCAUUGGUUGUCGUGAGACCAGUCCUCUUCCGAGAAGCGCCUCCUGUAACACCAACAGAGCCCCGCUGGCUUACCCAGUAGAAAUUUCUUGGACCCACCGAAGACUAGCCGGUGUAUCUGCAAAUCCAUGGUCUGCGCCUCACCCGGCAGCCCCCUUUUGCGGGGUAGGAUGGGGGUUGACUGUGGCGAGCAGUAGCUACCUGACACGAUUUACCGCGCGAACGUCGCAGGUUGAGGACUGACCAAUUAAGUUUGCACUCCUUGGAAGGAGUACCCGAAAACCCUCCUCCCGCCGAUGAUGGUGCAGGCUUUUUAAAAUGUGGUAGUGCCGCCCUUUCCCAGAGACUCCUAUUCGCAAAGAUUCAAAUCCUGCUUCUCAUACGUGGUUUUUUUUGUUUUUUUCCCUUUCUUCCUUCUUCUUUCGUUCUUUGGUUUUCUUUUCCACUGGUGAGUCUUCCUAUUCUAGGCCUUGUUAGUCUCAUAGCAUGCACGAUACAGCAGGAUAUCAUUUGAUGGUACCGUAGCUGGUGAACUUUUUUUUUACCAAAAGCGUAUGCCUUACUGACGUCGUGGUGAUUUGUGCAGGCUGUGCCAUACUUUCUUUUUUUCAUCCACUCCCUUGAUUUCAUUGUUCAGCCUGCUUCAUCUGCUUCAAUCGUUCGGCCGCAAACAUUGCCGCCUUCUCUACCCUCUUUAUAAGAGUGCUUGGGCCUCCGCAUCAAACAUCAUUCUCAUCAGCAACUUCAUCUCACACUUCACUCGGUGCUACCAAAGCAACAUAAAAACACCAAAACAAAACAUCAAGCGAUUUCCAACGCUAGACUCGCCAUAGAACCCGGCGGCGACUCCACACCACAAAAGACUAUCCUACUUUGACGAGCUCAUUGCACUGUCAUCCUCCAUUACCUUGCGCACUACCAAGAAAACAUCUCAAAAGCCUACACAAAUGUCCGUCAUUAUCAACCAGUGCCCCCCCCCUACCCCCUCUAUCUCGACCGUCGCCGACACGACCGAUCCGGUUCCUAGUGACUGCGGGCACCCAACGGGGUGCUGUCGGUGCUCGGUAGUCUAUCAACCCUCUCUCCCAGCGUCGGAUACGGUAACCGAGCCCGAUACCUGGGGCCUCAAGGUCGUGACCAAGGGGGGCGGCAGAACCCAGAGGUCAAUUCUAGCCUCUAGGAAUUCAUCACCUCCGCCCUUGCGCUGGGGUGCGUCGCUGGCUGUGGUGCGAAUAGCGACCCGUAUGCCUAGGGAGCGUCAUCGGUCUCCCCCGAGUUCGCGCGAUGAGGGUGAAGGAUGUUCAGCGAGUGAUACUGCAAGCGAGGGUUCCUACGACAGUGAUGGAUGCUUCAGGAGUGAUGCUGCGAGUGAGGCAGAAAUUUCCUAGAGUAGUGGAGGCACUAGUUUAGUCCAGUCAUCAGGCCUGGAGCCGGCAGGAAUGAACGAGGUUAGGAGAAGUUACGACCUGAUUAUGGAGUGUCUUUUUAGUUUAAUUUAGGGUUUUUUUAUUUUUAUUUUUAUUUUUAGCGGUCUAUUGGAUUGUAAUCCUUUUAUAUCUUCGCGGGUCACGGUUUCUUUAUUGUAUCCUAGGGUUGUGGUUUCAAUGUUUUGGGGUUUCGGUUUCCUUUAAUCAGAUCCCUGUUUUUGACUCCCUUUGUAUAUAUCGCUUCUUAUAGAGUAUCCUUUCCUAGGUUCGGUGGCUUUCUAAUGACCUUGAGUUAUUUCGCCCUCCUGUACUUUUGCCAGUUUUCCAUAAUUUCAAGCCCUGAUCGCAAUCG